CUAGCUAAACAAUUAAAAAAAAUAAAAAUAAAUGCUAUCAAUAAAUUACGAAAUAAACUAUAUACACAAUCUAACGUAUCUCAUUUUUAGGAAAAAAAUUACAAUAAUUAGUGUUUUCCUAUUCAAUACAUGACGAUUACUUUAUCUUGACUCCAUGAACACCCACCACCAACUUGGUUCCUUUGAAUAUUAAUAAUCUUUAAUCCUUGGUCAGCAUCAAUCCAAGCAGAGCCACCUAAUCUAUCUUCGAUCAUGUCUUCUUCGGAUGAAAUCCAACCACCAUCACAUGGCCACUCACCGGCCACAUCACCUCCGGCACAAUAUUCCACCACCGGUAUUCCAACUCCACCCAUAGUCUCUGCCAGCCAAUGGUCUACAGGUCUUUUUGAAUGCGACUCAGAUGUCUCAAAUUGUUGCAUUACAUGUUGGUGCCCUUGUAUUCCUUUGGGACAAAUUGCUGAGAUAACAGACAAGGGAAGUACCUCAUGUGUUGUACACGGAACUCUUUACACAAUACUUCUUGUACUCACGGGAUGUCAAUGGAUAUAUUCUUGUAUGUAUCUGUCUAAAAUGCGACAACAAUACUUGUUACCUGAGGAGCCAUGCAAUGAUUGUCUUGUCCAUUUUUGUUGUGAGCCAUGUGCAAUGUGUCAAGAGUAUCGUGAGCUAAAAUAUCGUGGAUUUGACAUGUCUCUUGGAUGGUAUGGAAAUAUGGAGAGGCAAAAUGGUGGAGUCGUGAUGCCAGAAUUUGCUUCUAUGGAAAUGAAACGUUAAUUAUUAUGACGUAUGAAAAAGAUUAUGAGGAAAAAGAUUUUAAAAUAUAGUAUCAGAGUGUUGUUGACUUGUUAUGUUUGUGGAAGUAUCGUAUAAAACCGAACAAAAAAAGAAACAUUGAGAUAUUACACAUCUAUUCACAAGCAUAAUCAUAAGAAACAAUACCC